CACAGAGAGAUGCAUUGAAACAGCCUCCAUGCGGGAGAAAGGCCUUAAGUGAGGGCAUCACGUCUCUCAUUUGGACCAUUUCCUCAAAGCGAGGACAAAAAAACAGAGCAAUGAAGACGCUUUGGGUGAAAUAAGCACCAUUGUAGUAAGUCAUACUGAUGGAUUACGGGCGUAAGAGGAAACUUUCUUUUCUGACAAUUGGACUGCUGUUUUUCCUGAGCGGGAUUGAAUAUGCCGUUAUCCUCCCGACUAUAUGGAGGUAUCUGCAGAUUCUCAACGCCCCGCCAUAUUUCCUCGGACUCGGCCUGUCUGCGUUCAGUUUCAGUGGACUUGUGACGGGGCCGUUGUUCGGACGCUGGUCUGAUAGAACUGGCGCUACAAAGACCAUCAUCCUUUUCUCUAACCUCUUUGAAAUUGUCGGGAACUUCAUGUACUUCAUAGGCUACUCAAAAUGGCUUCUCCUGUCCAGUCGACUUGUUGCAGGCAUCGGCGCUGGCGCAGGGUCAUCCAUUUUUGGUUUCCUGACGCGGACCACCGUCCCUGAAGAACGAGCUCGGGUGUUUGCCGCUGUGAUGGCAUCACGCCAAGCCGGACUCCUGAUCGGGCCUGCUUUUAACAUUUUCCUUCGACUGUGUGAUUUUCGACUGGGACCCUUCAUUGUGAACAAGUACACCGCCCCGGGGCUCUUCAUGUGUGCCAUGUGGCUGGUCCUCCAGUUAGCAGUGGUUCUGCUGUACUGGGAUGUCCCUCCGCUGGACUCCGUGCCCGAGAUGUACACUGCCCUCCGCCGUGUCAAGGAGGAAGAAGAGCGGCCGCUCGUGCGCCUGCAGGGUGAGGAUGGUACACCAGGGUCAGGCUCCUACACCAUGGCGAUGUCUGAUCAGACCGAGACGCGGCUUUCAGAAGAACUCGGGCCAUCCGAGUAUGAAGCGACGCCUGCCUCAGACAGUCCUCAUUCCCCUGAUGACCCCUUCGAGAACUUCAACGCCAGCCAAGAGUUCCUGAGGGAGGAGGUGGUGGUUCUCCUCACCGCACAGUUCAUCACGCUCUUUAAUCAGACCGCACUCGAGACCAUGGUUACACCGAUGACGCAGAAGUACUUCGGCUUUGGUGAGCUGGGGAACAGUGUGAUGUAUGGCCUGUGCGGCGUGGAGGUGAUUGGCGGGUUUUUCCUCGUGCGCUGGCUGAGCCGAGUACUUGAGGAGCGCGUGCUGCUCGCCGCUGGCCUGCUCGUGAGCUGUGUGGCCUGCGUCUGGUGCCUUGUCUUCCUUGCCGACCCCAAGGGUGGCUUUGCGCUGGAGCUGACCGAGUUCAUUAUUGGGGUGUUCCUGCAGUUGAUGGGGCUUCCCUUCGUCGCCGUGUCCCAGGUGUCCCUCUUCUCCAAAGUCACUGCGGAGAAGACGCAAGGCUUUAGUCAAGGUGUACGGCGCUCCAUCGGAGGUCUUGCCACCAUCCUGGGGCCACUCUGGGCGGGUGGUUUGACUGGAAACUUGUACGUGAUGCUGGGAAUGAUGCUGUUUCUCCUCACGCUCAUUAUGAUCAUGAUGGCGCUGUCCUAUGACAAACUGGUGGAGCCCCCGGUGGUGCGGCACGCGGAUGACUCUGAGAGCGAAGGGUAGAGGAGGAGGUCGCUCAUUCGCACGUCAAACCAUACAGGACAGCAGCUCGCGGUGGUCCGUCUGGCCCGGGGUUGGGGUGCGUGUGGUGCUCAGUGGAACAGAUGCUGGAGCGGUGGUAGUUACCGGCUCGUGCCAGGAGCAGCAGACCUCAGACAGCAAGAGACAUGGACACACACACACACACACACACACAUACACACACACACAUAUAUAUAUACGCCCACACAUAUGCUCACACCUCAUACAGCUCUGCUUAUUAUUCUUAUGUUAUUCCACAGUUUUGCAUAAAAUGCAUUCAUACUUCAUUCAAAGAGUCUUUAGGUUAAAUUAAAUUGUUGCUUUGAUUUGUGUGAUUGUAGUUUGCGGUGAGUGUACAGAUGAGGGCGCUAUUCCUCCACAACACUGUGUGUGUGUGUGUGUGUGUGUGUGUGUGUGUGUGUGUGUGUGUGUGUUUGUGUGUGUGUGUGUGUGGGGACAUGUUUUUAUAUGUUAUUGGGGACUAAAUGUCCUCACAAGGAUUGGAAUAUCUGACCGUUUUGAUCUAGUGGGGACAUUUGGUUGGUCCCCACAAUUUGUGUGUGUGUGUGUGUGUUUGACAAAAACUUCAGCUUUUAAUAAUAAUAAUAAUAAUAAUAAUAACAAUAUUAAUAAUAAUAAAUGAGAAAAAACCCAGUUUUGUUCUGUAGCGUUACCUGCUACUGUGUAAAUAAUUAUGUCAGUGGAAGGUCCUCAUGAGGCUAGUAAGAAGAAAGUGUGUGUAUGUGUUUUUAUAUCUUAGUGGGGAAUUCUUAGACCAAAUUCCAAUCCUUGUCCCCACAAGGGACAAAAGCUUCAGCUUUCAUGAAAAAAAGUUUUAUCAUUACUGGGGAUAAGGCUAGUUAGAUUUAGGUUUUGGCGUAGCAUUAACAGCCAAUGGAAGGUCCUCAUUAGGCUGGUAAAAAAAAAAUGUGUGUGUUGUUGGGGUGGGGGGGACCAUGUGGACAGGAAUAUCUAAUAGUUUCAACCUUGUGGGAACAUUUGGUCCUCAAAAAAAUGUAAACACCCACACACACACACACACACACACUCUCUCAUGUUUGCCUUACUAUUCUUAUGAGGACCUUCCAUUGACAAUUAUUAAUUGUCCUAAUAAAGAUAGUAAAACAAACACAGUUGUCCCCACAAUGAUAGCUGACCGUUUUGACCUUGUGGGGACAUUUCCUUGGAAGGUUCUUAUAAGGAUAGUAAGACAAAUCUGUGUGUGUGUGUGACAGAGAGAGAGAGAGGGGGGGGGGGGGGGGGGGAAGUUCUGAAAUAAAUUAUGAAGAAAUUUGGAAUAACUCUCAAACAAACCUAACUACUCUGUAAUUUGAAUCUUCCCAGCCUCCGUGUUUGCUUUUAAUAACCCGGGACACAGAACCAGAACGUUUAUAUUGUUUCGUCUUGACAAAUCUCAGAUUAAAAAGCAGACGAAAUGGAAGAAUCUGACGCCGAAUGUUAACGCUGCCGCGCUCUCUCUCUCUCUCUCACAUGCAGAAUUGAUUUUCAGUGUUUCAGUCUUCGGCAUGAUUUACAGCAGAGAGACGGAUGAAUACGUGUUUAACCUCUCGCACUUUAAUCCAGAUUAUCUCCCAAUCCCUCCUCUCUCUGUGUGUGGCCUGACAGGUUGUAAUCCCGGUCUCACAACACAACACAUUCACACUCACCCAGCAGACCACACACACACGCACACACACACAUAUGCACUCUGGGCCUGUUAAUGUGCUUGAUUUAAAAAGAGUCGUGACAUUAUUCAUCAUAACCCCCCCUUCAUAAUUCUGCCAGACACGCCGACCUGAUGUUGAGUGACGGCUCGGUAAUGAUAUCCCCUCAGCCCCUUAUUGCGCUGCAGAAGGUAAAUAUUUAUGAUCCCUCAUGUCCCUGCUGUUAAUAAACGCUUGACGAACGCUC